CGGAGCUGCGUGGACCUGCAGGGUGCAGCGCUUGGGCCGGGGCUUGCGCCCGGCGGAGCGAGCCAUGAGUUCCUACCUGGAGUACGUGUCGUGUGCCGGCGGUGGCAGCGGAGGUGUAGGCGGCGACGUGCUCGGCUUCGCACCCAAGUUCUGCCGCGCCGACGCUCGCCCCGUGGCCCUGCAGCCCGCCUUCCCCCUGGGCAGCGGCGACGGCGCCUUCGUGAGCUGCCUGCCCCUGGCCGCCGCCCGGCCCGCGCCGUCGCCCCCCGCAGUCCCCGCUCAGCCUCCGGGACCACAGCCCACCGCGCCCCGGUAUGCGCCCUGCACCCUGGAGGGCUCCUACGAGCGGGGCGCAGCACCUGCCUCUGCGUCUGCCACCGACUAUGGCUUCUUAGGGUCCGGGACGGCGUUCGAUUUCCCGGGCGCGCUCGGGAGAGCGGCGGACGACGGCGGGACGCACGUCCACUAUGCCACCUCGGCGGUCUUCUCCGGCGGCGGAUCCUUCCUGCUCAGCGGCCAGGUGGACUUCGCUGCCUUUGGCGAGCCUGGCCCCUUCCCCGCGUGUCUCAAGGAGCCAGCGGACCGCCACCCCGGGCCCUUCCAGACUGCAUCCCCGGCCCCCGGAGCCUGUCCUAAGCCCUCCUCUCCCACCUCCGGCCUCCCGGCCGCCUUCAGCACUUUCGAGUGGAUGAAAGUGAAGAGGAACGCCCCCAGGAAAAGCAAACUCUCCGAAUACGGAGCCGCAAGCCCCUCCAGUGCCAUCCGCACCAAUUUCAGCACCAAGCAAUUAACAGAACUGGAGAAGGAGUUCCAUUUCAAUAAGUACCUAACUAGAGCCCGACGCAUCGAGAUCGCCAACUGCUUGCAGCUCAAUGACACCCAGGUCAAAAUCUGGUUCCAGAACCGUAGGAUGAAACAGAAGAAAAGGGAACGAGAGGGGCUACUGGCUACAGCUCCCUCUGUGGCCUCCCUUCAGCUCCCUGGGUCAGAAACAAGUCCCACUAAAUCUGGCCGGAACCUAGGAAGCCCUUCUCAGGCUCAAGAGCCUUGCUGAGGUCCACUCUUCGAGGACCUUUGGUCUACAGAAGUCACAGACUGCCCCCACCCUUGUAUAGACUCAGGAGUUCAUUUUGGGUGUGGGCAGAAAUUAGUAC